AUGAAUCUCUUCUGCUUUUCGCUGGAAGGCUCUAUGGACAGCUUAUAUGAACCAGUCCCAGAACAACAAGCUCACCAAGAGAGGAGCUUGGGUAGAAGUGAUUCCUUUUUCUCACCCUCUGAGGAUAGUGGAGGAUUACACAGCAAUCUCUUCAUGGAAGUUUCUAAUUUUGAGAAUGGGAAAACAAAAAGAAAGUCAAUCCGGAGAUCUAUGUCUGAAAGUAAAGUAUUUGAGGGAAAAACUGUGAAUGACACAAUUUGGCAGGAACCCAGCAAGUCUGAGAAUGACUCCCACAUCAGAAGACUCUGUCAGCUCAAAGAUCUAAAUGAAGAUGACUUUCUUCCGAGUCAUCAUACACAUACUCUUCAAGGAAAAAAACUACAAGGUAUUUCUUAUCAGACCGUAAAAUCAGGUGAUGACCCAGUGGAAUCCAUAGGGACAUUAAAGAGAUUGCAGAAACUGGUUUGGACCAAGAAAGGAAAGGUGCCCAGUCUGAAUGAGAUGAAACCUACAUCAGUAAACCUCCGAGAUGAAGAUGAAACACUGAUUUCCUGUAUGAAAUUAGCCAAAAGUCAAGAAAGGAAAGUUAAUAAUGUUAACACAAGGGGGAAGGAAGGAAUGGAAAUUAGAUUGGAUUCUAUUUCUGCAUCACUGGUUAGAUCCAGUGCUUCAGCUGGAUGCAGCUUGGCAGAAAUGCUAUCCCAGAAUGAAGGUGAAGUUCAGAUGUGGAACAACUGGAAACCUUUUCCAAAAAACCCGUUGUGGACAUAUGUUGAUUUUCAAAUUGACCAGAUUGGACUGUGGGGCAAUUGUUUCCACUGCACUCACCACCCCAGUCUCAUGUCUUCUUGUACAGAUAUGGAUCUCCCACACUCAUGGCGCAGCAGCAGUUUUGGGAACUUCGAUCGUUUUCGGAAUAAUUCCACAGCAAAACCAGAUGAUUUGACUGGGGUAUAUGAAGGGGAACCCGUAAAUGAAAGUGGAGAACAAAACAAAACUUCACAUAAUGGAGGAAGUUUAGGUAAAAAAAUGAGAGCUAUUUCCUGGACAAUGAAGAAAAAAGUGGGCAAAAAGUACAUCAAAGCCCUUUCUGAAGAAAAGGAUGAGGAAGAUGGAGAGGAUACCCUCCCAUACCGGAACAGUGACCCCACACUUGGAACCCACAUUGAGAAGAGCUCCCUCAAAACCAGUGACUCCUUGGACAGCCUCUACAGUGGGCGGAGCUCAUCAAGUGGAAUAACAAGCUGCUCAGAUGGUACAAGUAACCGGGACAGCUUUCGACUCGAUGACGAUGGCCCCUACUCUGGACCGUUCUGUGGCCGUGCCCGAGUGCAUACCGAUUUCACACCAAGUCCCUAUGACACUGAUUCCCUCAAAAUCAAGAAAGGAGAUAUCAUAGACAUUAUCUGCAAAACGCCAAUGGGGAUGUGGACAGGAAUGUUGAACAAUAAGGUGGGAAACUUCAAAUUCAUUUAUGUGGAUGUCAUAUCAGAAGAAGAAGCGGCCCCCAAGAAGAUGAAGACACAAAGAAGGAGUGGAAUGGAAAAGCCUGAGACUCUGCAGGAGUUCUUAGAGAGGAUUCACCUUCAGGAAUAUACCUCAACACUUUUGCUCAAUGGUUACGAGACCCUAGAAGAUUUAAAGGAUAUAAAAGAGAGUCAUCUCAUUGAAUUAAACAUUAAAAACCCAGAAGACAGAAUGCGGUUACUAUCAGCUGCUGAAAAUCUCCUUGAUGAAGAAACUAUUCAAGAGCCAGAAAGUGAAUCCACGCCCCUCUCCUUAAGCCCAGACAUCCUAAAUAAGUCACAGUUAGACGACUGCCCAAGGGACUCUGGCUGUUACAUCUCAUCAGAAAAUUCAGAUAAUGGUAAAGAAGACCUGGAGUCUGAAAACCUGUCUGACAUGGUACAGAAGAUCACUAUCAGAGAGCCAAGUGACUGA